CGCGCGCGAGGUUCCGGUGGCUUGGAGGACAACCCUGGGUUCGAGUCAAGCAUACCCGAAGCCCGGUGAUUUUAGCCAUGGAUAACCUGACUUCUUCCGCUGGCGAGAAGGACUCCUGCACUUACCACGAAGAGUUUAAGCAGAUCCUGCUGCCCGUGGUCUACUCCGUGGUCUUUGUGCUGGGGCUGCCCUUGAACUUCAUCGUCAUCGUCCAGAUCUGGCUGUCCCGCAAAGCGCUGACCCGCACCACCAUCUACAUGCUGAACCUGGCGUCGGCCGACCUCCUCUACGUCUGUUCCCUGCCGCUCCUCAUCUACAACUACUCCCAGAAAGACUACUGGCCCUUUGGCGAUUUCACGUGCCGCUUCGUGCGCUUCCAGUUCUACACCAACCUGCACGGCAGCAUCCUCUUCCUGACCUGCAUCAGCGUCCAGCGCUACCUGGGCAUCUGCCACCCUCUCUCCACCUGGCACAAAAAGAGGGGGAAAGGGUUCACCUGGAUGGUGUGCGGGGUGGUGUGGGUGGUGGUCAUUGCGCAGUGCCUGCCCACGUUUAUCUUCGCCUCCACGGGCAUCCAGAGGAACCGGACGGUGUGCUACGACCUGAGCACCCCGGAAAGCUCUGCCAGCUACUUCCCUUACGGCAUCACCUUGACAGUCACGGGGUUCUUGAUCCCCUUCGUCUCCAUCUUGGGGUGCUACUGCUGCAUGACCAAAAUCCUCUGCCAGAAGGACGAGAUGAUUGGGCUGGCCGUCCGCAAGAAGAAAGACAAGGCCAUCCGGAUGAUCAUCAUUGUCGUCCUGGUCUUCGCCGUCAGCUUCUUCCCCUUCCACCUGACCAAGACGAUGUAUCUGAUCGUCCGCGCCAUACCGGGGGUGCCCUGCCUCACCAGGCAGGCUUUCGCCAUCACCUACAAAUGCACCCGGCCUUUUGCGAGCAUGAACAGCGUCCUGGACCCCAUCCUCUUUUACUUCACCCAGCGCAAGUUUCGGGAAAGCACCAGGCAUUUGCUGGAUAAGGUCAGUUCCAAGUGGAAGCACGACUCCUGAAGGACGGGCGUGAGAGGAGCAUGUGAGCAAGCGUGCGCCUGUGUCAAGGAGGCACAACCAGCGUUGUGCCGUCGUUUAGGCCUUCUCCCUCGCUGCUGCAACCUCAUGGCCCAGCCAGAGGGGUGAUGGGCCUAGUUUGACUCAAAGCCCAAAGGCCUGACUCCGGUUGCCAUGCCAACCCCACUCAGAAGGCCUCCGCUUCUUCGCCGAGAAGGGGAAUGUUACCGUGUAAAUAAUGGACUGCCAGUACGUGCCGCCUCUCUCCCUUCCACCAUGGCUGAGCGGAACCGUUCGUACUGGUUUUGGAGAUGGCUUUAUUCCAUGUGUUGGAAGAGCAGCCAGGAACCAGGGAGAGUAGAAGACAAUGAAUCAUAGAAUCAUAGAAAAGCAGAGUUGGAAGGGGCCUACAAGGCCAUUGAGUCCAACCCCCUGCUCAAUGCAGGAAUCCACCCCAAAGCAUCCCUGACAGAUGGUUGUCCAGCUGCCUCUUGAAGGCCUCUAGUGUGGGAGAGUCCACCACCUCCCUAGGUAACUGAUUCUAUUGUCGUACUGCUCUAACAGUCAGGAAGUUUUUCCUGAUGUCCAGCUGGAAUGAGCAGGCAUGCUGCUUAUGUACAGUUAUGUCAAUGGGCGUCUUUCGAGGAAGAUCCCUUUAAUGAAAGGUCCCAGGUGGGGAUGAUCAGGGAGAGAUCUCCCUUAACUGUUGCAAUCCUGUGGGGCUCAGCAAAGGACUGUUCAAGAAACAGUAUUAUUACUGCUCCGCUUUGGAGGACUCUCCGGACGUUGAGGUCUAUUGUAUAAUUGGGUUUUUGUCCCCAAACAUCACCUGUGAGCGGAUUCUUUGACGAGAGAUCUUCAACAAACCCACAGAGACUACCACUAGGACUGGAGAAUGAAUGGCAGGAAAUAAGUGGGUCAAAACCUGAAUACGGUGGGAGCUGCUGUAGGGGUGGAACCUGGCCCUGAUACUUCGAUUUAGGAAAUGGGGUAUUGUGCGGUACACACACAUACACACGCACACGUAUGGUUUCACUGUAGGGACCCUGUUAGACAUCAUCAGUGUUUAAUUGGCUUAAUGCCAUUUCUGCGUAGCCUUGAUUUAGAGGACAGGGCUCCUGUAUCUUGUAUAGAAAAGGGAAUUUCAUCAGGUGUCAUUGUUAUGCAUGCAGCCCCUGGUGAAAUUCCCGCUUCAUCACAACAGU